AUGUCUGCCUUCCUCGAUGACAUGGACGAAGCGACGCUGCAGCUGGUUGUCCAGAUGCAACAGGAAGACAUCAGAGAACUGCAGGACCAAAGCAAGGGCAAAGCUAAAGAAACCGAUCGGUCUGACGCAGACGUGGCUUUCGACACGUACCAAGCCGAGCUUGCGUCCUUCCGGACCUUCGCCGCGGACCGCGCCUUGAGUAGACGUAUCGCUCACCAGGAAGGCACCCACCCAAGAGUUACAACCAUCACAGCUCCGACAGAGCAGCAGGCACUACCGGAAACAAGCAACCUAAGUACUUCGCAGCCAGCUGAGAGCUCCGGUGCCGAGGAGAUCAUCGCGGAUGAGAUCGUCGCCGAUGAGAUCAUCGCCGAUGAGAUCGUCGCCGAGGAGAUCCUCGUCGCAGAUGCUGUCCAGAAAGUCUGCAACACCAACAUUUCCGGCAAUGAUUCUAUCGUUGACAUGCCCGAGUCUUCCUCCUGGGGUGCGUCUAGAGAAACUUCGAAGCGCACAAGGUCAAAAAGUCCAGACCAGCCGGAGACCCUGUCCUGCAUUUCUUGCACCAAGGAGUAUGACCCGAGCAACUUUUACCUCGCUUCAUGUGGCCACCUUUACUGCGCGACUUGUUUGCAGAAACUAUUUCAGCUGUCUCUGGUAGAUGAGAGUCUUUUUCCGCCCCGAUGCUGCCGAAAACCCAUCCCCGUGGAUCAGGUACAGCACGCCAUACCCAAGCAGCUCAUGCAGGAAUUCGUCGCCAAGGAGAUCGAGUUUUCGACAGUCAACAGAACCUACUGUCACCAGCCUCAGUGCUCGGCGUUCAUCCCUCCUACUAGCAUUGAAGGAGACAUCGCCACCUGUUCUGCCUGUCAAGCAAAGACGUGCGUGUUGUGCAAGAGCAUGGAGCACGACCACGACGACGUAUGCAAGGAAGAUACGGCGACGCAAGAAGUUCUGAAGCUGGCUGCUGAGAAGAAGUGGCCAAGAUGCAACAAGUGCCGGGCAAUCGUUGAACUGAACCUUGCCGUUGUGGAGGACAGUUUUGUUAUCUCUGCGAAGCACCUUGGAAGACCUGCACUUGUCGCCAAUGGGACGAGCCGAGGCUUUUCGCUGCCGCCGAACAACGAGUCAACAGAGCGCCGAACGCCCGGAACAUGA